AUGGCUGCAGGUAAUAUGCAAACGGCAAAAGCAUGUGGAAUUUGUUCGGUGGCAGGACAUCCAACUGACAUGUGCCCAACUCUUCAAGAAGAUGAACAAUUUAAUGCAGUAGGGAGCUUUCCUGGACAACCACAAAGGAAUUAUAAUCCUUACUCGAACACCUAUAAUCUAGGAUGGAAGGAUCAUCCUAAUCUUAGCUAUGGGAAUCAACAAGUGAAUCAACCAAUCUUCCAACAAUACAGCCAGCUAUCUCCUCCUAGACAACAACAGGACCAAACUUCAAGUUCAGGUAUGCCUUUGGAAGUUAUUGUUAAGUCUUUGGCCACUAACAUUUUACAAUUUCAACAGGAAACAAAACAAUUCGAACAAGAAGCAAAGGCAAGUAUUAAAAGUUUGGAGAAUCAAAUGGGUCAAAUGGCAACCACAAUCAAUAGGUUGGAAGCACAAGGUUCGGGAAAAUUACCCUCUCAAACAAUGGUCAAUCCAAGGGAAAAUGUAAGUGCAAUCUUGUCGAGGAGUGGUAAAAAAGUUGAAAUUCCAAGGGUAAACAUUCCAUUGUUGGAUGCUAUUAAACAAGUACCUCAUUAUGCUAAGUUUUUGAAGGAAUUAUGUACCAUUAAAAGAAAACAGAAACUUGAAAGGUGUGAAAAGAUAAACGUAGAGGAAAAUAUUUCUGCAAUCAUUGAAAGAAAUCUCCCUACAAAGUGCAAAGAUCCAGGCAUGUUUAGCAUCCCUUGCACGAUAGGUAACAAUAGGUUUGAAAAGACCAUGUUAGACUUAGGAGCGUCUAUUAAUGUCAUGUCAUAUUAUGUAUAUGCUUCUUUAAAACUUGGACCUUUGAAUGAAACUGGUGUCAUAAUUCAACUAGUUGAUAAAUCUAAUGCCUAUCCUAAGGGUGUGGUUGAGGAUAUUCUUGUGAAAAUUAAUGAUUUGGUUUUUCCUGCUGACUUCUAUGUGCUUGAUAUGGGAUAUAGUGAUCAGACUAUCCCCAUUUUGCUAGGAAGACCAUUCUUAAGGAUGUCCAAAGCUAAAAUAGAUUUUUAUAGUGGCAUGCUUACUAUGGAAUUUGAUGAUAAAAUUAGUGAAUUUAACAUCUAUGAUGCCAUAAAACAUCCUGAUGAAACUAACCCUGUUUAUUCUAUUCAAGAGCUACCCUCGAUUACUACCUUGCAGGAAACCGUUGCAGCAUUGGAUGCUUCUCCAAAGUCAUCAAAGUCAAGUAAAAGUUCACAUAUUGUUUUGCCAAUUGCUAACGAGAGGCCUUUCUAUACAGGUUUCCAAAUGGAUGAGGUGAGAACAUGGGAUCUUGGGAACCCAAUUGAUGCCGGUUGA